AUGGCACCAGACCCUGAAGGCCAUCCUGACCCUCUCCAUGGCCUCCCCCCAAAUGCAUCUGGUCUCGCACAUGCCCUCCGCCAGGUGGGCCACACAAACAUGCAUGACCUCCGCAAUACUAUUCAAAUAGUGGAUCCACUGUCAUCGGUAGGUCCUGCUGUCUGGCGCCACUCGUCAAUGCGGACACCAGGGCUCUAUUCUGCAAAUCCCCCCCCUGCACCACCAGAGGCAUCAACCUCUGGACGCACUUCCUUGCCUGAACCAGAGGUGUCCAUCCGCCCUCUCUUCUGCCCGGCAGCAAUGUUCCCCAUCCUUUCUAAAGACCCCAAGCAGACAAAACUCGCCAGCCAUCUCAAACACGCUAAACAGGCCGACCCUGAACAUUUCGCACUUGUGCAAGCUCAAAUCUACAAGCAAUGCCAGUGCGUCCUUGACUGGUCCAAUCCCUUCACCUGGAAGCACCGAGAAGAGAUCCUUGCAGGUUGGAAUAAUAUCAUUGGUGAGGCUCACCCUGACUGCUUAGACAAGGAGCUCUAG